AUAUGGUAUCAGAGCAAUACGGUCCUAAAGAAUGUGGUUAGCCCUAACAUGUAAAGUUCACCGCCAUGAGACGAGCUCGACUCACUGUACUGUAAGUGGUUAUUACUUAUAAUUAAGUUGCCUUAAAUUUCUGCAUGCGAGAGGGUAACAUUAUUUUCAUGUAAAAUUGAUGAUCAAAAUGAUCUUGAUGUGUAUUGGUUUGUGUGGUUCAGGAGUUUAGAAAUGCCUCCUAGAAGGUCAGUUAGAGUGGGUCGAGGUCGAGGUCGAGGCCAAGGCCAAGGCCGAGAUGAUGGAGGGAUCAAUGAACCACCUCAAGCACCACAGGGAUGGGAAGAGCGCAUUGCCGCACUGGAAGGAAUCAUUCAUAGGCAGGAUGAAGAACUUCGUCAGCUGAGACGUCAACCGGAGCCGCCAGUCCAAAUAAGGCAAGAUGCAGAAAAUAGAGACCCACCAGCUGCAGUGGUAUAUCCUGCUACAGAGGCUAGACAUGAGUUGUUAGCAGAGAGAUUUCGGAAACAACACCCACCUGAGUUUGAGGGAGGCAUAGACCCGGUAGUGGCUGAGGAGUGGAUGAGUCGCAUAGAAAGCAUUUUGCAGAUGCUAAGGGUGGAUGGGAAUGACCGAGUGAAGUGUGCAUCUUACAUGCUGAGGAAAGAUGCUCGUAUCUGGUGGGAGGUGGUGGAACAAACAAAGAAUGUAGAUACCAUGAACUGGGAUGAUUUCAAAAGGGUCAUUAAUGAGAAGUAUUAUAACUCAGCAGUUCUAGCAGCAAAGGUCGAUGAAUUUACUGGGUUAGUCCAAGGGAGUCUUACUGUGACUGAGUAUGCACAAAAAUUUGAUAGAUUGGCAAAAUUUGCUCCAGAUCUGGUGCCUACUGAUAGAGUGCGAGCACAUCGAUUUGUGGAAGGCCUGAAACCAAUGGUUGCUCGAGAUGUGGAAAUUGUGUCAAGGGGUCAAUUCAGCUAUGCUCAAGUUGUCGAAAUGGCUCUUACGGCUGAGCGGAGUGAAAACAAAAUUUGGAAGGAAAAUGCUGCCAGGAGAGAAUCUAAGAAAGGUGGAGCCAAUUCUAAUGACCACAAGAAACGAGGACAGGACCAGUCCGGGCAGCCAAGUCAAGACAAGAGGUACAAAAGUGAUAACGACCAACGAUUUAAUGGCAGCAGUGGGCGAAACAUUCCAGAAUGCCCUAAAUGUACCAAACGUCAUCUCGGCGAGUGUCGCGCAAAAGCAUGCUACAAAUGUGGAAAAGAAGGACACAUCAAACGCAAUUGCCCACUGUGGGGACAGACUGGGAACAGAGCAGAACCGAAGAAAGAUGACAAGUAUGUUCCAGCUAGAGUUUUUGCCAUCACUCAAGCAGAAGCUGAGGCCAGUCCUUCGGUUGUAUCAGGUCAGAUUCUUAUGGCCAACACCACUUGUAAAGUUUUAUUUGAUUCUGGUGCAACUCAUUCCUUUAUUGCUAGCACAAUUGUAAAUCAUAUAAAUGCACCGAGUGAAUUAUUUACUGUGGGGUUUGGGACCAUGUUACCAUCUGGGGAGGUUGUAAUCUCUAGAAGUUGGCUUAAGGGUGUACCUGUCAGGAUAGAUGGUAGAGAAUUAUUUGUAGACCUGAUUGUAUUAGAUUUAUUUGAUUUUGAUGUAAUCUUGGGCAUGGAUUUUCUUACCAAAUAUGGAGCAUCAAUUGACUGCAAGCAAAAGAAAGUUGUUUUCACACCAGAAGAUGGAGAGACUUUCGAGUUCAGGGGGGUAGGAAAGAAACCCCGCACUCCUAUUAUUUCGGCAAUGAAGGCUGGGCAACUAUUGCAGCGUGGGUGCUUAGGGUAUCUAGUUAAUGUGGUUGAUGACACCAAGAAAAUUGAAAGAAAGCCGGAGGAAACACGGGUAGUUGCUGAGUUUCUUGAUGUAUUUCCAGAGGAGUUACCCGGGUUACCACCACACAGAGAAAUCGAAUUUGUGAUAGAAUUAGUGCCCGGAACAGCACCAGUUUCCCGCGCACCAUAUAGGAUGGCACCAUCUGAAUUGAAAGAACUCAAAAUACAGUUGGAAGAAUUGCUUAAGUUAGGGUUUAUCAGACCUAGCUACUCUCCGUGGGGCGCACCAGUUCUAUUUGUUAAAAAGAAAGACGGUACUAUGAGAAUGUGCAUAGAUUAUCGAGAACUGAACAAGGUGACUAUAAAGAAUCGGUACCCAUUACCGAGGAUUGACGACUUGUUCGACCAGCUUCAAGGGAAAAAGGUAUUUUCUAAGAUUGAUCUUCGUUCAGGAUACCAUCAGCUAAGAAUCAAAAAUGAAGACAUACCGAAGACAGCCUUCAGAACGAGAUACGGACAUUACGAGUUCAUGGUGAUGUCAUUUGGACUUACAAAUGCCCCAGCAGCUUUUAUGGACCUCAUGAAUCGAGUCUUCAAGGAAUAUCUGGAUCAGUUUGUCAUUGUAUUCAUAGAUGAUAUACUGAUUUAUUCUAAGACAGAGGAGGAACAUGAGGAGCACUUACGCUUGACCUUACAGCGACUGAGAGAACAUCAAUUGUAUGCCAAGUACAAAAAAUGUGAGUUCUGGUUGUCCGAGGUUGCAUUUUUGGGCCACAUUAUCCCUAACGGGGGAAUAAAAGUAGAUCCUGCUAAGGUUGCUGCAGUGAAAGAAUGGCCUAGACCAAAGACCGCCUCAGAGCUAUCAGAUCAGUCUACUAUCGGGGUAGCACCCUAUGAGAUGUCGUAUGGAAGAAAACGCAGGUCUCCACUGCAUUGGGAUGAGUUGGGAGAGAACAAACUCCUAGGGCCAGAUGCAGUUCAGCACACCAACGAAGCUAUUCAGAAGAUCAGGGCUAGAAUGAUCACAGCUCAGAGCAGACAGAAAUCUUACGCAGACCUGAAGCGGAGGGACAUUGAGUUCGAAGUGGGUGAUCAUGUGUUUCUUCGAGUGACACCACGAAAAGGACUCUCAGUGAAGAGAUUUGGCAAGAAAGGGAAACUAAGUCCCAGAUAUGUUGGUCCAUUUCAGAUAUUGGACAGAGUAGGCAGUGUAGCUUAUAGAAUAGCUUUACCGCCAUCAUUAUCUGGGGUGCACAAUACUAUCCUAAGUGACAUCUCGGGAAAUCGGGGUGUUACAGUGCGAAACGAAUUUCAGGAAAAUAAUGUAAGGUUUUAG